AUGGUACUCCAGUUGAGCUUGUUCUCUGUCAUUGAUGAUGAUUCGUAUGGAUUGUGUGUAUCUACGCUGUCAAAUUUAUCAGGCAAGCCUCCUAUUCUUUACAGCAACUUUGCAGCUGUGUUAAAACCAAAUCCAGAAUUUGACAUCGAGCAAACCAAUUCUAAAAACCAGCUUAUUGAGCAGAAUCGAUUGAGGUUAUGCAAAGCUGUGCCUUUAGAAGCACUGGAGCCCGAUGUUUCAAAACGUGAUUAUGGGAAAUUGAAGCAGUACGGCGAUGACACCUUGAAUGGGUUUAACCUGGGAAUGCUAGAAGACAUGCUACACGGCAGUACGGAUUUGGAUAGAAUGGAGAUAGAUGAGGCGGUCUGUCCCAAUGAUGAUACGUGGGCAUUGAGCAUAUCGGAUAUUCCUGCGGCCGGCGCAAGUCGGAAGGUGUCGUCGCAAGCAAUCACAGAAAGCACGAUUUUGUCUUCGGGAGGGAGAUCGCCGUCGAUCGUCUCAUUUCUCUCGGAGCUUGGUUACGUUUUGGACUUUCGGCUUCUCACGAUAGGCAUUAAGUUCAAUAUGAGUAACAAGGUUUUCUUGGAGGUUUCUAAAAUAUGGCAAGUUCAAGGUGCGGAAAGUACAAAACAACUAACUAAAGGCGGAUUUUUGAUCAAAGCAUUCGUUAACGUCGCUAAAGGUACGGAUAUAAAAAGCAUCAAUCAUGGUACAAAUGCGCUCUUGGGCCUUCAAAAGGAACUUAGCGGGUACAUAGACCUUUCCAUUCCGGAUCGAAAAUCAAUGGAUUCUCGGCUCGAGAAUCUUAGCGAUUUAUAA